GCCUUAUAAAAACAAAUUCGAGCAUUUACAUGCUGAAAGAUGUUAUAUAUGAAGUUAUUUAAAUGCUAAAACGCAAUGUAAACGUUUAAAUCGACUAAAUAUUUGAUGUCGUUAAUCUAUUAUUUAUUUUUUUACAUACUCGCAUCUCCAGCGAUUCAGUUGAUAUUGCAUCACAUUGCGCGCAUAGUUACGUGUGUAUCGGUCCUAGCUUAAUUUGCAAAACAUGUGAAACGUUUUCUAAAGCAAAGUUGUAUCUUAAAAAAGGGUACUGUAAUCAAUCGCGUACUUCAUUGUUUUCGACGUACUAAUCGUUCGUCGAAAGCGCUUCAGUUUAUCUGAGUUUAUCCCUCGAGUCGAACUCGCUGCAAAAAUGUCAAAGAUAUUUACACCGACGAAUCAAAUAAGGCUGACGAAUGUAGCCGUUGUUCGCAUGAAGAAGGCUGGCAAGCGAUUCGAAAUCGCAUGCUACAAGAAUAAAGUGGUGUCUUGGAGAAACAAACUAGAGAAGGAUAUUGACGAAGUACUGCAAACACAUACAAUAUUCAUCAAUGUAUCAAAGGGUCAAGUGGCGAAGAAGGAAGAUCUCGUGAAAGCUUUCGAAACCGAAGAUCAGACUGAAAUCUGUAAACAAAUCCUUGCCAAAGGCGAACUUCAAGUUUCAGAUAAAGAGAGGCACCUGGCAUUAGAGUCCAUGUUCAAAGAUAUCGCCACGACAGUUGCCAGUAAAUGUAUAAAUCCAGAAACUAAACGUCCAUAUCCAGUUACCAUGAUUGAAAACGCCAUGAGGGACGAGAUACACUUUUCCGUCAAACCUAAUCGAAAUGCCAAGCAACAGGCAUUGGAUGUUAUCUCACAAUUGAAAGAGGUGAUGCCUUUGGAACGUGUUCAAAUGAGGCUCAAAAUUGUUAUUCCAGAAAAAGAAGCUAGGAAAUUGAAGGAUAAAGUUGUUAAAUUUGCAACUAAAAUGGAAACAGAAGAAUGGGAUAAUGGAUCGUUAACAAUAAUUUGCUUAAUUGAUCCAGGUCAAUAUAGAGGAAUAGAUGAAUUAAUACGAUCAGAAACAAAGGGCACUGCUUUAUUGGAAUUAGUUAAUUUAAAUGAAGUAGUCGAAGGAGAAGAACUCUUGACAUAAAUCAUGACUCGAAUUAUUAUCUUUUUAAACACACUGUUAUGCAC